CCGGGGCCUGGCGCGGAGGCCUUCCCCGAGCUGUCAGGGCUGGAGAAAUACACCUCAUCUCCUGGCUGUGAAGCUCUUCCUAAAUUACCUUUUGGUGGUUUUUUUUUUUUUUUUUUUUUUUUGUAGCUAGGAUGCGUGUUCUGGAAAAGCAGAUAAACCUUUGUGGCGAGGGAAAGCGACUGGCGACGCUGGUCGGUUGUUGUGAGGGUUAAUUGGCUGUGAAAGCGUUGUUUGGUUUUAGUCAGAGCUUAUUAGUUGUGCGCGUCCAGACCUCGGAGUUUUUUUGUGCUUUUUCAGGUUAUAAUUGGAAGGAAGCGAAGGUGAGAGGUGCGGGAAGCAUGUCUCUGGCGGCAGGAGCUUUUUCUGAAUGCCACUCGCACGGGUGGAGAAGCAGCCAGGUCUGGCUGUUCUGAGACCUUGGGAAGUUUGGAUGAAACUUCCCCGAGAAGAAAACUAUUUCUUAGUGACAGAAUUAUGUGACCGUAUGACCUAAAUCCAUGGAUGGAUUUCCUCAAUCAGGUGUCUCAGUGACCCAGCAAACAUCUUAAGAAAUGAUGGCGGAUGAUUUAGAAAAAUUUAUUGAAGAACAGAAGGCCAAGUUGGCACAAGAUAAGGCAGAACUUGAAAAUUAUCCACCUUACAUGGAAAUGAGGGAUAAGGAAUCAGAGAAGCUUUCUGAGAUGAGCAAAAUGUUAAUCUCCAUGGCUAAAGAAAAUAUACCUCCAAAUAGUCAACAGAACUGUCCUUCAGGUGACUAUGGCUUGAGUUUACCUCUUGGAGAAGAAUAUGAACGAAAGAAACAUAAACUUAAAGAGGAACUUCGACAAGAUUAUAGACGAUAUCUUUCUCAGGGCAUUUCACAGGCAAAAAGAAAGAAAAAUUAUCUGACUACUGGUGAAGUAAAUCCAUAUACUCAGGGAUUAUCUCUUCCUAUUGAUGAGCGAAGGUCUGCCAAGGAGAAACUGCGGCUUGAAAGAAACAAGGAAUACAAUCAAUAUCUCAGGGAUAAAGAAGAAUGGAAUGAAAGGCUAAGGAAAUUAGGGAAGAAAAGCACAGAGAAUGAGAUGGACAGGAAUAAAAAACCAAUUGCUGUUACCAGGUUCCAGCCGGAACUAGGUACAGAAGUACAGCCCUAUAAUACAGAUGCAGAACCUCCCAAGAAAGAUGCCUUUACUUCCACAGAAGGUUAUGAAGAGCGGCUAAAUAAGAGGUGGCUGGAGGAAAACAGGUAUCAUAGGCUAGAUGAUGAAGUUCAAUUAGGAAGUCGACUAUUAAAUAAAAGACUCGAUGAAGAUUUGUAUGUUCCCAGUCGAAGACAUCGUGGUUUUGCUAGUCAAGCUGUAAUCCCUAUUAGGAAGCACCACAGACUUGAAGAAGAUAGUGAUUUUGGUAGAAGAUACUACAGAAUGGACUAUGAUCCUGAGAUAAGUGAAGAUAUGGACCCUAGAUUGAGAUGUCAAAGUGCUUAUGACAGGAAGGCUCCUCGGGUUUUUUAUACUGAAAGUGUGAUCAAAAGUCACGACUCUUUUAAAUGGCCCUAUCUGGAUGGAAUAGUAAGAGAUCAACCUGCAGAUUAUGAAGACGAAUUAAAGGAGAGAGCACGUGUGCAGCAGAUCUCAAGAACUGGAAAUUCUAGAAAUCAGGUACAAAUUAGUUCUUCAGCUAAUGAACAGGCCAAGUCUGCAGCUGCAAUGCCAUAUGCAACGGGCCUUGCUUUCGGUGGUCAGGACCAAGAACUUCUGCAAAGGAAAAAAGAGAAAUACAGGCAAGAACUAAUAGAACAGAUGGCUGAGCAACAGCAAAAUAAGAGACGUGAGAAAGAACUUGAGCUCUUAGUUGCUGCUUCUGGAGCUCGAGAUCCAGAGAAGGACCCAAAUAGAUGGAAGCAGUUUGGCUUGACAGUGAGAAGUUCCAGAGAGCAAGUAUCUCCUGAAAGGCCUAGGGUGGCUUUCCAAACUCCGGUGCCUGUUCCUUCAGCCUCUCCAUUCAAUGAAGACUUUCACAGGGGUAUAGCCAGCACUCUUGGGGAAAUAGCAGCUCCCAGGCUUGCACCAAUGCCACCGCCUCCACCACCAGUUUUGAUGCACGACUACAGAACCCCUUAUAAUGAUGCAUAUUACUUUUAUGGGGUUAGGAAUCCUUUGGAUCCCAAUCUUGCAUACUAUGGUACAGGUGUAAUGGGAAUGCAACCCACACCUUAUGUGGAUACUCCUUUAGGCCAAGUCCCAGUCGAGCAAUCUGUAGGUAACAUUGGACAGAGGAAUACAGGAGACAGACAAAGAAGCAUAGGAGUAUUUUCUGAAGAAGCAAAGCCUUCCAAAGAGGCAGCAUCAUCAUAUCAACAAGAACUACAACAGCAGAUAAAAGACAGAGAGCAACGUCACAGGCAAGAGAAAGAGGAUAAGAAACGUUACGAAGCCCAGUUACAAGCAGAAAUGAGGAAAUACAACCCCUGGGGAAGAGGUGGUGGUGGUGCUCCUCUCAGAGAUGCAGAAGGAAAUCUGAUAGCGGACUUGAGCAUGAUGCACAAGAAAACAGGAGACGCAUGCCAUAAUCCACAGGCAAGACUAGAUGAAGAUAAAAGGGCUGUUGAAUCUGUUGACCUUAAUCUGACCUCCCCGAGACCUGAGAACACAGAAGCAUCGACAAAUAAAAUAGCAGCUUCCCCCUCAGGUUUUACUUUGGCACAGACCUCUCCUUUCGCCCGAGGUAACGUGUUCCGUGAACCACCAUCUCCAGAGCACGUGAAGCGACAGGAGUCCUACAGGAACUUUCUUUGUCUACAGAUGGAGGAAAAGAAACGCAGGCAACAAGCAGAGCGAGAGAACCGUAGAAUAGAAGAAGAAAAAGAAGCACAACGUGUAGCUGAGGGGAGGAUGAAAAUUCAAAAAGAAUAUGAAGAUGAAUUAGAACAGAAAAGAAAGAAAGAGGAGCAAAGAUUGCAAAGGGAAGAAAGAAUUCGAUUAGAGGUAGAGAGGAGAAAAGAGGCAGACGAAAGAAGAAAAGAUACAGAAAAGCAAGACGAGCAGCUUAGACAAAAUGUUGAUAAAGAAAAGAUGGAAGAGGAGAAGAAAAUGGUUUCAAGGCAGCCUUCAAGGCAGCCUUCUCCUGUCAUUCCUGCUCUUCAGAACAAAGCAAUAAGAAAACAAGAAAGGAUUCCCUCUGCUGAGAGCCAUAUCUCUUCUGCACAAUUUUCAAGGCAGCCUUCAAGGCAGCCUUCUCCUGUCAUUCCUGCUCUUCAGAACAAAGUAAUAAGAAGAGAAGAAAGAAUUCCCUCUGCUGAGAGCCAUAUCUCUUCUGCACAAGAUCCUCCAGAAUCAAGGGCUCCUUCUCCACCUGUCCCUGCUAUAAGAAAUCAGUUGCGUGCAGUCGGGGAAAAAAGGAAUGUGGUAAAUGACUUACUAGAGAUGAGGAAGCGGCUCCAUAGUGAAGAGAGGCAACUGCAGAAACAGUCACAAAAUGCAGUCACUGGUGAUGAGGUACCAAUUACACGUGGGAGGAGAGAGAAGAAUCCAAAGGACGUAUUUGAGAUGGGCAGGCUGCAGGCUCCAGUAAGGCCACCUUCAGCAAAGGAAGCACAAGCUCCUGUCAAUAUACAGAAUAUCUGGGAAUUUAAUGAACUUAAAUACAAAGAUUCUGAAACACGUAUAGGCUUGAGACACAUGUAUCCUGAUCCUCCAAAAGAUGACCAGACUCUAGAGAUUCAACAGCAGGCACUGUUGAGGGAGCAGAAGAGGAAACUUGACAGACUGAGAAUGAGAAGAGAAACAGAAGAUGAUUCUGCUUCUGGCUGUAGUCCACAAACCAUGGAAGGGCUCAGGAAUGAAUCUGUUGAAUGCUUGAAAAAUUCACUGUUGGAAUCGGAUAGUGCUUUUAUUGAUGCUAAUGGGGAAGUGUUUCCUGCCUCACGAGAAAUCAAUUUAUCACCACAGCUUCCUCCUUCUGCAAGGGAGAGGAGACGAAUGAAGCAGAGAGCUUUGGAGUGUGCUGAGGAUGUUCCCCUGGGCCAGACACCGUUGCUGCAGCCUGACAGCUUUUCUUUGCACUCGAGCUUCAGCCUCGACAUUGAUCAGUUGAAAGGCAAGAAUGAAGAACGAUUGUGGAGACUGACUGAACAACAGCAGAAAUCUGCUCACUUAGGUGAGGACAUCUCCCUGGGAGAAGCAGAUGACCUUUUGAAGCACGCUCCACCCAACGCUGGCAGACGGCCCAGUUCUGUUGACACAGUUGCAACAGAGCCCUGGCUGCGACCAGGAACUUCAGAGACCCUCCAGCAGCUCAUGGCUGAGCAGUCAAGCCCAGCAAAGCUCUCGCCUGAAGCCAGGCUGCAGCUCAGCUGGCAGGGCCUCUCCACUGCUCAUGGCUGAGGUGGGAACCAGCUGUGCCUUGCAGCAGGAAGGGGCUGUUCAGCACUACAGCCCUGAUGGGUCUCUUCCAUGGAGGUGGUGAGCAGGGUGUGGAAUUUUAAACAGCAAUAAUAAAGGAACAGGAGGUGCAGUGUAAUGUUAGAGCAGGGAUGGUUCUUUUUCUGUUACAUGAUGAGGGAAGUGGAGGAAGAGCUUGGCAGCUUUUGCACUUUUGAUUCAAGUUCAGCCUCAGAGCUGGGCUUACCACAAAGAUUGUGUGUGUGUGUGAAUUUGAUAUUAAAUCAAAGUUAAUUUUUAGUUUUGUUUAUAGCCAGACUCCUAAAGUAACCUAACUACAGAGAUGCAUUUUAAGCUUUUUAGCAAAAGAGUAAAUAACUUGGAGAAGGGCACUUGCUUUUCAUACAGUGAUGAGUACUAUCCUGCGUGAAAGCUCAGCAAACAGUUUUAUGGGAAAAAAUACUAUUAGCAAUUUAACUUAAGUUCCCUAACCUGUUAUGUGCUGGAUAUACAGAUAUCGUUGCAUAUAUUUAAUUUAUGGUUCUGAUUUAAGACUUAAUAAAUUAUUUUGGUACUAAAAUGUGAA